GUCACGGCAAAUCUAUGCAGCUUCACUAAACUUUUAUAAUGCAGGUGAUCCCACCUACCUUUGCAAAAUGGUGUCCUGUACACCGUUGAGAAUGUAUAAGCAGCAUUGGAAAUCUCAGUGGCUCCUGAACCUUGGUGUAUUUAUCUUACUCCAAAUUCUUCAAGCAGACACUACAUCUAUGAAAGGACAAAAAGCUAAAUUUGAUGUACCUUCAAAGUAUGGAACACUCCACGAUGGUAUCAAUAUACCUAUGUUAGAUGAGCUUACUGUAUGUGUUAAUAUUCAUAAGACAACGCAAAUCAGAAAGUGGAUAGCAUUUACAUACUACAUCUCACAGUCAGAAGAUAAACAAGAACUAGGAAUCGGAGGAGAAGAUGACAAGCUUAUUAUAUGGCUUUCUGGAAUAAAAUAUUGGACUGGCAUCACAGUGCAACCAAAUGAGUGGCACAUAGUGUGUUUAACGUGGAGCAAAUCUUCUAGCCAGGUAUUUGUGUACCUAAAUGGCACGUCGAUAUUCAAUUUAAAAAUAUCACUUGGCAAAGUUAAACCCAAUGGAAAUUUAGUGCUGGGGCAGUACCAGCAGCAACAGCAAGGUUCAGAUAUUGAAUUUGAUAAAACCUGGGCCUUUUUAGGAGAUUUAUAUUAUUUUAGACUGUGGAAUUUUGUGGUAAAAUCAUCUGAACUCUCCAUGUCGAAAUGUACUGAUGGAAAUGUUGUCAACUGGCAGACAGAUCAUUGGACUUUCACAAGCAAAACUCUGGUAGAUGAUUCCACCCUGCCAUGUGCUUCAUCAGUUCCAGUGACCACUCAGACCCCUUUCAGUUCUGCGGGAACUUCAAAUGGAAUAACAUCUGUUGUUUCACAUUCCGUUUCAACAUCACAAAUGACUUCUCCUCCAAACCCACCAACUUCCAGUACAACUGAAAAAACGACAACUUCUUCAAGUCUCCUCACGUCUACAACCACUUCAAAAUCAAUUCCUCCCACUAUGGUCACUGGGCCAUCAUUGACCAACUCUCCGGGGACGUCACCCGUAUUAGACACUACAUCUAUGAAAGGACAAAAAGCUAAAUUUGAUGUACCUUCAAAGUAUGGAACACUCCACGAUGGUAUCAAUAUACCUAUGUUAGAUGAGCUUACUGUAUGUGUUAAUAUUCAUAAGACAACGCAAAUCAGAAAGUGGAUAGCAUUUACAUACUACAUCUCACAGUCAGAAGAUAAACAAGAACUAGGAAUCGGAGGAGAAGAUGACAAGCUUAUUAUAUGGCUUUCUGGAAUAAAAUAUUGGACUGGCAUCACAGUGCAACCAAAUGAGUGGCACAUAGUGUGUUUAACGUGGAGCAAAUCUUCUAGCCAGGUAUUUGUGUACCUAAAUGGCACGUCGAUAUUCAAUUUUAAAAUAUCACUUGGCAAAGUUAAACCCAAUGGAAAUUUAGUGCUGGGGCAGUACCAGCAGCAACAGCAAGGUUCAGAUAUUGAAUUUGAUAAAACCUGGGCCUUUUUAGGAGAUUUAUAUUAUUUUAGACUGUGGAAUUUUGUGGUAAAAUCAUCUGAACUCUCCAUGUCGAAAUGUACUGAUGGAAAUGUUGUCAACUGGCAGACAGAUCAUUGGACUUUCACAAGCAAAACUCUGGUAGAUGAUUCCACCCUGCCAUGUGCUUCAUCAGUUCCAGUGACCACUCAGACCCCUUUCAGUUCUGCGGGAACUUCAAAUGGAAUAACAUCUGUUGUUUCACAUUCCGUUUCAACAUCACAAAUGACUUCUCCUCCAAACCCACCAACUUCCAGUACAACUGAAAAAACGACAACUUCUUCAAGUCUCCUCACGUCUACAACCACUUCAAAAUCAAUUCCUCCCACUACGGUCACUGGGCCAUCAUUGACCAACUCUCCGGGGACGUCACCCGUAUUAGUCCAUUUAUUCAAAACGACAAUGGUCAUUCAAGUGAAGAGUGUUGGUGGUGGAUCAUUCUCUUUUCAAGAAGUUCUGAAUCUUACAACAAAUUGGCUCAAGAAAAUCAAUACAAAUAUUGUAUUGCUGGAUCUGAAACUGAUGAACAUUGCGCAAAGACAAAAUACGGGCACUGGAAUCAUUAUAAAUGCUGACAAAAUUCAAAGGAAUUCAGCUUUUGACAGUGAAUACAGUUGUAUAACUGCAUUGGAAGUAACUUCAGCUGAGGAAGAAUCACAAAUAAAACAAGAGAUAAAGGACACAUUGACAAAUGAAAGUUAUACAGAUUCUACAUUAACCAUGUCAGUAGAUGCUCUCAAUAUAUGUGUUAUUCGACUAGUUCCAGGUCUUUGUCCAGAAGAAUUCAUAUCAACAGUUAAAGGAAACUACACAUGGCCUUCGACUGAGCCUUUGAAGAUAGUCAGAUUAAGCUGUGUUAUACCCACAAAUUACAUGGCAAAGAGGAAAUGUAAUCUGAAUUAUGUAACCAAUUUGUCAGAAUGGGCAGAUCAUGACUUGGAUGAAUGCAAGACAAUACCAGGUUGCAUCCUUGAUCUGGAAAAUGUCACUAUCAAUUCCACAAAUGCAGAUGAAUAUGCAAUUCAAAUGCUUGCUCUCACCAAUAAUACAUCCGAUUGGUCAAAGGAAGAGAUCUAUAUCAUUGUUUCAAAAACAUCUGAUGUCGUGGAGUUUGGAGAGCUUUCUCCUACGCUGACAGAUAACGUGAUAGGAAUUGUUGACAACCUGUUGAACAAAGCAAAUGAUCUCUAUGACGUCUCUUCAGAGAUGUUAAGCACCAUAAACAUUUUAGGAGACAAAUUCGAUUUUCCGGAUUUUCAGAUAGACUUUGUUAAAGGGGUCUUUAGCACGACUAUGGUCAAUGCCAAUUCCAGUCAUUUCAAUGGAAUGAUAUUUAGCAUUGAUUCAUACUGCGAAGAUUUCACUCCUAUGAUCUAUAUGGACGAAAUAAUUAUUGGCGAGCCUGACCUAUUCAUUGUGCUACCAACUUCAUUGCAAAACAGUUUUCAAACAGAAUCUGUAUCCUCAACUUCCAGAAUUCAAUUCCAGUUUUAUAGGAAGGCUUCACUCUUCCAGGAUCGAAGCCUCAAUAACCAAAGACUCAAUAGUUAUGUGGUCGCCUCAAGUGUUGCUGGAACCGAAAUCAUAAAUCUCAGUGACCCAGUGAAAAUAAAACUACUACACUUGCAUCCCAUAUCGAUUACAGAAUCAGUGACAUGCGUGUUCUGGGAUUAUGAACAGAAUAAUGGUGUUGGUGCAUGGAACUCAACCGGCUGUGGAGUAAUAUACACUGAUGUAAAUUACACGAUCUGUGGCUGUAACCACCUCACUCACUUCGGAAUCUUAUUGGGCAUCUCUGGGACCCGAAUUGAUCCUCUUAACACAAAACUGCUCUCAUUCAUAACUUACAUCGGAUGUGGUGCCUCAUCGAUCUUCUUGGGGAUUGUUUUAUUGACUUACCUGAUUUUUGAAGAACUUCGCAGAGAUUAUCCGUCUAAGAUUCUGCUGAAUCUUUGUACUGCUUUGCUCAUGCUAAAUAUGGUCUUCCUGGUGGACUCCUGGAUAGCAUCCUAUGACAGUUCUAGCCUUUGUAUCUCAGUGGCUGUUUUCCUACAUUAUUUUCUGCUAACAUCCUUUACUUGGAUGGGAAUAGAAGCGGUCCACAUGUACUUUGCACUGGUCAAGGUCUUUAACAUCUAUGUUCGUCAUUACAUACUGAAGUAUUGUAUAAUUGGAUGGGGAGUACCAGCAAUUGCUGUCGUUGUGGUGCUUUCUAUCGACAAGGAUUUUUAUGGCAAGGAAUAUUAUGGAAUAUCUACUGAUCCAACUGAUACGUUCUGCUGGAUCCAAGAUAUCACAGUUUUCUAUACAUCAGUGGUGACUUACUUCAGUAUCAUAUUCCUUGUAAACCUAGUGAUGUUCAUUGUGGUCCUUAACCAGAUUCACACUAUGAAAGCUAAAAUGCACAGCAGGAAUAGACGGAAUGUAUUUCUUCACAAUGUAAAGAGCACUGGCAGCCUGACAAUCUUACUGGGAUUAACAUGGGGCUUUGCCUUUUUUGCAUGGGGCCCCGUGAAGAUCACUUUCAUGUACCUGUUUACAAUCUUCAACACAUUGCAAGGCUUCUUCAUAUUUGUGUUUCAUUGCCUGAUGAAAGAAAAUGUGCGCAAGCAGUGGAGAAUGCAUCUAUGCUGCGGUAGAUUUAAACUGAAUGAAAACUCUGAGUGGAGCAGAACUGGAACAAAUGCAAAACUGAGACAUCUCGGGAAGAGUUCUUUAGCACAUUCCAACCAAUCCUCAAAGUCUAAUUCUACCACCUCAUCCUCCAAUGUAUCAAACUCUGAGUAUAUUCUCCGGAUGUCUAACACAUACGGAAAACCAUCACCAUCACCAAAGAGUCUCCAACCCAACCUACUGAGAGCUCCGAGUCUGUUCGAUAUCUGUUCAUCUGAUAAUGGAAUGUGCACAUUCACCACAGCGGGAAAUUCCCUGCCUACCCAAUCCUGGAGAAUAAGUGCAACUUCACGACCCCAGUCCAAAUUGGGUAUUGCUGGAGUUUAACCAGAUAAGACUGUGAAGCCUACCAUUGUAGAACACUGAGAAGCUUCCCAUUACUUGUCCAGCUAGGACCAUUGUACCUAUCAGAGCUUUGUCUUAUGGAGUGAUCAGGAGCCAAAUGGGAGGAAUGACUGGCAUUCAAAUUGUACCAAUAAACUAGGCUGACCGGUUCAUCAUUAACAGCGCCCUGGAGCCCUGUGGACCUGCCUAACUCAGGUAUUGGACUACCAAGACUGCUGAGGAGAAUAUACUCGUAUCUUCCAUUACAAGGCGUGUUACUUUGAAGUCAAUUUAGCCUCAAAGAGACCCAACCAUAGUCAUCAGUUGGACG